CUUUCACGUGGCGUAUGCAACGCGUAACUUCUAAAAGCACUGUAUAAUAAGAGAAGUUAGGAACCACAAGUAUUUUGCAUUAUUCAAACAUGCAUUUAAACGAAGAAAAAUUAAUAGAUAAGUUUACUCAAGACAGCGAUGACAGUAAUGAUAGUCAAGACAGCGAGGACAGUGAUGAUACUGCGUGCAAUACAGAUGAAUCUGAUUCAGAAAAUGACGAUAUAGAAGAUUCCGUUUCAAAUAAUAAUCAGAUUCCUACUCAUGAAAAUAGUGAUGCAGAAGCAAUUUUGUUAAACGAAGAUGAGGAAGAAAAUGAAGUUGUGAAAGCAAUAAUUAAAUCACAAGAUGCUCAUAGAAAUCAUCCUCCACCUAUUACAAUAGAAGAUUAUGUGGUGGAUAUAUGUUUCCAUCCCAAUUCGGAUAUGAUUGCUGUGGCUAGCAUUGUAGGAGAUGUUUACUUGUACAAGUAUAACAAUACAGAAACAGAACUAUUAUCAACUUUAGAAUUACAUCUUAAAGCAUGUCGUGAUAUAGAGUUUAAUGAAAGUGGUACAACUUUAUUUUCGACUGCCAAGGAUUUAUCUAUAAUGCUCACCGAUGUAGAAACAGAGAAGUUAAUAAGAUUAUAUGAAAAUGCACACGAAGAACCAGUAUACACAAUGACUGUAAUUGGAGAACACAUGUUUGCAACAGGGGAUGAUGAUGGUGUUGUAAAAUUUUGGGAUCUUAGAAUAAGAGGAAAUACACCUACAUUUUCAUUCAAGAAAAUGGAAGAUUAUGUGAGUUCUAUUGUAACAAACAGCGAUGCAAAGUAUUUAGUAUGUGCUAGUGGAGAUGGUUCUCUUACUACAUUCAAUAUUCCAGGAAAGAAAAUGCAUCUACAGUCAGAGGAAUACGAAGAGGAGUUAACUUGCCUUGGUAUAUUUAAAACUGAAACAAAACUUUUGGUGGGCACCAGUAAAGGAAAACUGUAUGUAUACAAUUGGGGAGAAUUUGGUCUCCAUUCGGACGAGUUUCCGAGUGUAACUAAGAAGGCCAUAAAUUGUAUGGUUCCAAUUACUGAAAAUGUUGUAAUAACAGGAGGAGAAGAUGGAAUACUUAGGUCGAAUAGCUUGUUUCCUCAUCGUCAUCUUGGAAUAGUGGGACAACAUAAUUUUUCCAUUGAAACCCUUGAUGUCAAUAAUGAUGGUACAUUAAUUGCAUCUUCUUCGCACAAUAAUGAUAUCAAAUUUUGGAAUGUACAGUAUUUUGAAACAUUAAAUGUCGCUGAACGUAUAAAGGGGGGAAAACAGAAACAAUUAAAGCAUAAUCUUCCAAGCAGUAAAAUCGAUAAUGCAUCAAACUUUUUUUCAGACCUUUAA